GUCGUCCAAAUACCGGACACAGUUUCGUAGGAGUGUGAACAAAUGGUCCUUCGAUUGCCGAAUUCUCGGACUUAGUGUAUCAAGUCAAAGUUGGACUUGUAGGGUUCCGGGCGGUUUUGUGUGUUAAUAAGCCCGUGUUCACAGAGAUUUAGUGACAGCCGAGCGUGUGUCGUUUAAGACUUGGCUGGCUUGUCAAUCGCGGUAAAGUAAUUCGUUUUGGGUUUCUGCACAGUCCAGUAGUUUGGUAUUUGUUUGUCGGGUCUUGUUUGAGUGGUAGUAAUGGAGCAGGUUAAAAGGUUAAUUAACUUGCAAGAAGACAGGAUUGAACAAGUCCAGAAAGCCCAAAACAAUUACCUAAAAUCACCUAAGUCUCGAGUGACACAAAGUUACAUAGAAACUCGUCUAGAAACUUUAGAAAAAAUAUAUUGUUCAUUUACUAAGGGUCAUGAAGAAAUAUUGGGUCUAGUUCUUCGUGGUCAGAGAAGUGAAUUAGAAUAUUUUAGUCACGACAAAAGUGAACAAUUAGAGGAACUUUAUACCAACUAUAAAUCAUCAUUAAAAGGAAAACUACGUGAGUUGGUUAAAGAAACUACAGCAGGUGAUACACUUACUCCGAGUCGAGCUAGUGCUAAUACAGAUAUUAGGCUACCUACGAUUCAAAUUCCAACAUUCUCGGGAAAUUACACGGAAUGGCCGUCAUUUAGGGAUUUGUUUACUUCAAUAAUUCACAAAAAUAGUAGUUUAGACGAAGUGCAGAAAUUACAUUACCUGAAGUCCUUAGUAAGCGGAGAGGCCGCACAAUUAUUGCGGAGCAUAACUAUAACGAACGAAAAUUACACACAUGCAUGGGAUACACUGUUUAAAAGAUUUAAUAACAAAAGAUACAUUACGAAUUACAUAUUCAAAAGAUUAUUUGGACUUAAAUCACUUACCCACGAAUCUGGUCACCUUCUGAAACAGUUGCUGGAUACUACAUCUGAGUGUCUUAGUUCUUUAAAAAACAUUGGUAUAAAGACAGAAACCUGGGACGACAUAAUAGUAUACAUUACAGUUACAAAGCUAGAUCCUACCAGUUACCGAUUGUGGGAGCAGCACAUUUCCUCAGAAAACGAUGAUAUGCCGACAUUCCAACAAUUGUCACAAUUUCUUGAAGUCCGAUUCAAAUCAUUAGAGAUGAUAGAAGAUCAAACAAAGCCACAUAAGUCCAAAUCUUUUCACGCAACCGCUUCUGUAUCAUCGCUCAAAUGUACCUUUUGUAGUGGCGAUCAUUACAUUUUUCAAUGUAAAGAUUUUGUGAGACAAAGCCUUAAACAAAAAACUGAGUUUGUAAAGUCCAAUAACUUAUGUUUCAAUUGCUUAAUUCCUAAUCACUGUGCCAAGUUAUGCUUGAGAAGUACAAGUUGUAAUAUAUGUAAAAGGAAACACCAUUCUUUGCUACAUCCGGGCAAGAUUGAAUCUAGAACAGAAGAACAACCACCUAAGGAGGAUAUAGACAACGUUUUACACAAAGACAUCGCCACGCAUUUUGUAAGUCAACCUGGUCAAGUCUUGCUGGCAACAGCACUGGUGGAUGUAUCUUGGAAGAAUGGUUACACACACAUUUACCGUGCUCUGCUUGACCAGGGGUCUCAAGCCUCAUUCGUCACUGAGGAUCUCGUUCAAUCAGCAGGUCUUAAGAGAGUAAAAGUCAACGGUGAGGUUACUGGACUUAGUAACGGGAGCAAACUACGUACCAAGUAUGUAGUCGAGUUGGAAUUACGCUCUCGGAUUGACCCACAAUUCACUAUGUUUAUAAAGGCCUAUGUGUUAAAGAAAAUAACAAAUUAUUUACCAACCUAUAAGUGUACAGUCACCGACUGGCCUGAACUAGAGUCAAUCGCUCUUGCAGAUCCCGAAUUCAAUAUGCCGAACAACAUUGAUAUUUUACUGGGGGCUGAGGCUUAUGCCCAAAUAAUUGAGGACGGGUUACUGAGAAACUCAACAGGGGCCAUUGCCCAAAAAACAAGGCUAGGAUGGAUUUUGUCAGGGACGUUUUCUGGAACACUACCUAAAAUAGUUAUAAAUAUGCAUGUAUGUGAUUGUGAUAACAAACUACUUCGAAGAUUUUGGGAAAUAGAAAACGAUACAAAUAUUUCGGUUCGAAAGCAUACUAAGGAAGAAAUACAAUGUGAGAAAUUAUACAAAAAUACAACAGUCAAAACAAAAGAUAACAAAUACAAGGUCUAUCUUCCUUUUAAGGAAGGCUGUGAAAAUCCAGUUGAAAGAUGCGGAGAGACAAGAGAAAUAGCAAUAUCUCGAUUUUUACAGCUAGAGAGAAGGUUUAAACGUGAUAAUACAUUAAAACAAGAAUAUUCCAAAGUUAUACAUGAAUAUUUAGAGUUGGGUCAUAUGGAGCUAGCCAAUACCGAUACAAAACAAUCAAUUUACUUACCCCAUCAUGCUGUUAUUCGAAAUGAUAAAGACACAACUAAAACAAGAAUAGUCUUCGACGCUUCGGCAAAGGGUUCAAGGGGAUGUUCGUUGAACGAUACAUUACUUAUUGGUCCUACGUUACAACGGGAUUUGCGUACAUUAAUAUUGCAAUGGAGACAGUACACAAUCGUUCUGGCCGGUGAUUUAGUUAAGAUGUACAGACAAGUUCGUGUCGCUGAAGAACAUACGGAUUAUCAAAGAAUUAUUUGGAGAGAUAAUCCAGAUGAAGAGUUAAAGUCGUACAGACUCCUAACUGUUACCUUUGGAACGGCCGCUGCUCCUUAUCUGGCAGUACGUACACUUCUGCAGACGGCCGAAGAUGGAGUUAAUGAAUUUCCGUUAGCAGCUGAAAUCACAAAAACAUCUUUUUACAUGGAUGACUUACUUACGGGUUGUUACAGUGUUGAUGACGGUAUCAAGAUUUAUAAUGAAAUGAAUGCAUUACUAAAAUCUGGAGGGUUCGAAUUAAGAAAAUGGUGUAGUAAUUCAAACGAGUUAUUGGCUAAAAUUAGUGAAAACAAAUCGGAACUAAAGGAAACAUAUGAAAUUAAAUUUGAUGAGAUUAUAAAAAUAUUAGGAUUGGUGUGGGAUAGAAAAUUAGAUAUAUUUACAUUUUCCGUUAAUUUACCGCCCAUUGAAGAUCGAAUAACCAAACGCAAAAUACUAUCAGAUAUCGCACGUUUGUUCGAUCCAUUUGGAUGGCUUGCUCCGGUAAUAGUAACUGCAAAGAUAUUUUUACAAAGAUUAUGGCUGAUGUCAAUCGAAUGGGACGAUCCCUUACCACUUAAUGUAAUAUCUGAAUGGAGCGUUUAUAGAAAGGGGUUGAUUAAGCUACAAGAUAUUAAAUUAGAUCGUUGGAUUAAUACUUACCAAACUAGAACUAACGUUGAACUUCAUGGGUUUGCCGAUGCUUCCACGGCAGCCUAUGCUGCUGUUGUCUACGUCAAGGCGAUAGAUGAGGAUGGCAAUCCUAAAAUAACGCUCUUGGAAAGCAAAACUAAGGUUGCACCUCUGAAGCAAAUUUCUGUUGCACGUUUGGAGUUAUGCGGGGCUCUUCUUCUGGCUAAGUUGCUUUAUCAAGCUGCAAUCAAUUUGAAUAUUCCAAUAGGGCAGGUUUUUGCAUAUACUGAUUCUACGGUUACAUUAGCUUGGAUAGAAGGACAACCUAUAAAAUGGCAAACCUUUGUAGCCAAUCGAGUUGCUGAAAUACAGACCUUAUUAGACAAUUCUGCUUGGCGGUUUGUUUCUUCAAAGGACAAUCCCGCAGAUCUAGCUUCGAGGGGUAUACAAGCUGAUGAUCUAGUUGCUUCAACACUGUGGUGGCAAGGCCCAACCUGGCUGAAAGAAAAACUUAAAGAUAAACAAACAUACACAUCAUAUUCUACAACAUUAGAAGAAAGAAAACAGAGGGUUAAUACCUUUUUAUGCGAACUAGAAGAAAAACCUAUAUAUGAACGAUUUUCAACCUUAAAUAAAAUGAAAAGAGUACUUACCUAUUGUAGACGAUUCCUCCUUUUGAAACCUGAAAAGGGGUACACCGAUUACCUUACUACUAAAGAAUUAAAUGAAACAAUGCAAAUGUGUAUAAAAAUAGCUCAAAAACAAGAAUUUACGGAAGAAAUAAAGGACUUAGAACAGAACGGUAUGGUGAAGAAAAUUAAGAACACUAUCUCCUUACUUAGAUGA